AUGCUUCCAUUGUUGCUGAAUCAACUUGCUCAUCGAGCAGAGCGGUAUUUGCAGAGAGAUGAAAUGUGUGACUUAGAUGAAGUGAUAUCCCUUCAUUAUGAUGCACUGGCUAUUGCACUUCACAGGGAAGCGCUGGUCUUGUUCCCGGUCGGUCACACAGAUUGGUCCACGUCAUUAAAAAACCUUGUGAAUGUACUCACCUCCCGGUUUGACCACCAAGGGAAUGAUGAAGACAUGGAUCAGGCUAUCACACUUGACAGGGAAGCACUUGCCUUGUGCCCAGUCGGCAAUGACGAAGACUUGGAUCAGGCUAUCACACUUCUCAGGGAGGCAUUGGCCAUGCAUCCGUCAUUAAAUAACCUUGCAGCUCUCCUCUCCUCCCGGUUUGACCGCCGAGGCAAUGAUGAAGACUUGGAUCAGGCUAUCACACUUCUCAAGGAAGUGCUGGCCUUGCACCCGGUCGGUCACACAGAUGGGUCCAUGUCAUCACAUAACCUUGCAAAACAACUCUCCUCCUGCUUUCAUCACCGAGGCAACGACAAAGACUUGGAUGAGGCUAUCGCACUUCACAGGGAAGCGCUGGCUUUGUUCCCAGUUGGUCACACAAAUCGGUCCUUGUCAUUAAAUAGCCUCACGAAUCAACUCUACUUCCGCUUUCAGCACCGAGGCAAUGACGAAGACUUGGAUCAGGCUAUCGCACUGCACAGGGAAGCGCUGGCCUUGUGCCCUGUUGGUCACACAGAUCGGUCCUUCAAUGACAAAGACUUGGAUCAGGCUAUCGCACUGCACAGGGAAGCGCUGACCUUGCACCCAGACACGACUCAACUCUCUUCCCGGUUUGACCGCCAAGGCAACGACGAAGACUUGGAUCAGGCUAUCGCACUUGACAGGGAAGCACUGGCCUUGCACCCUGUUGGUCACACAGAUCGGCCCGGGUCAUUACAUAACCUCACAAAUCGACUCUCCUCCCGGUUUGAUCACCAAGGGAAUGAUGAAGACUUGGAUCAGGCUAUCGCACUUCACAGGGAAGCGCUUGCCUUGCGCCAAGUCAGCCACACAGAUCGGUCCUUGUCGUUAAAUAAUCUUGCGAGGCAACUCUCUACCCGCUUUGAGCACCGACACAACAGAGAAGACCUGGUCGAGUCACGAGAGAAGCUAAGCUGUGAAGAUACUGAUAAUCUCAAUGCUGCCAUGCAUCAUCUCAAGAUAGCAGCAAAUGUGGUCUCUGGCGGCUUGCUAUCCCACCUGCAAGUGAGUCUACUCUGGGUUAGCUGUGCCCAUCAACAUAGACAUGGUACUCAACUGGAGGCUUAUGCAACUUCCAUGCAACUUCUUGAUGCUUACAUGUCUAAGACAGCUUCAGUAUUGUCUCGUCACAAUAUCAUGAAGGACUUCCCAAAUACACUUGCCAUCAAUGCUGCAUCAUGUGCUCUUCAUAGUGGUGAUAUCGAGGGCUUCUCUCACUUCCUCCUUCCCCCCUUAUUCUCCGAUCUUCAAAAUGUGGCUUGUGAUGGGCCUAUCAUCCUGCUUAUCGCAAGCCAGUCAUGCCAUGCCAUUGUUAUCCCAUACAAGAAACCUCCAACUAGCAUUCAACUCCCUACUGAUUUGCUGAAACUCGCCAACUUGGUGCUCAGACUCCGGCGGGCAGUUGAAAAAGAUGCCAAUCUUAAUGGGAAGCAAACAGCGCUGACAAAAGCUUUGAGAGAGUUGUGGGACAUCGUCAUCUGUCCAGUGGUCAAUAUUCUGGACGGAUUUGCACAACAAGGUUCCAAAAUAUGGUGGUGCCUGACGUCUCUAUUCAAUUUCUUGCCAUUGCAUGCUGCUGGUGAGUAUAGGCCAAAGGGAAAGUCCGUUUCACAGCAGUACAUAUCUUCAUACACGCCAUCUCUCACUGCACUGAUUAAGGCUUGCACAAGUCAUGUCAAGUCCCCGUCGAUUCCCUUUGUUGCCAUUGGUCAGGAUUGCCCAGCCGGUGCCUCAUUCACUCUGGAUGCUGUAGAGCCUGAGCUGGAAUUGAUAACCAGCGUCAAUGCCACAAAAUUGACAGCACUACACGCAUUGCGAGACAACACUUGGCUCCAUCUUGCAUGCCACGGGACACAGAAAUUUGAUGAACCCUUCAAGUCGGCCUUUCUCAUGCGCAACAAGCCGCUCUCGCUCCUCGACAUCAUGCAGAUGGAUCUGUCUCGGCAUGAAUUUGCAUUUCUUUCUGCCUGUCAAACCGCAGUCGGUGACUUUAUGGCUGGCCUGCAAUUUGCUGGGUUUAAUAGCAUCAUGGGGACAAUGUGGAAGGUCACAGACAGCACCGUGCAGCACUUGGUGGAGGCAUUCUACAAAAACAUGCGCGGGGAUGCUGCCUGGGCUCUGCACCAAGCGGUCCAGUUGUUGGCUUUGUUCGUGCAUAUUGGUAUAUGA